AUGGAAACUUGCUCAAGCAAAGAAAGUUGCAAUAAGGGCCAGCAAGGGGAGACAAGAGAGGGAAGCUCCACUGUGCAGAGGCAAUAUGGCCAAAAAUUUGGCUUCAAUGAGACGAUACCUGUAGCUGUCAAUGAUGUAUCUUUCUCCAUUCAUGCUAUUUUCUUCACUGCUUUGACCUUGUUCGAAAUUGCAAUUUAUGAUGUGGAGUUUUUGAAGCUUAAUCCACUUGGAUACGUGCCAGUACUUCUGGAUGAUGAUUUUGUACUUGCAGACUCUUUUGCUAGACUAAUGUAUCUAGAAGAAAAGUAUCCUCAGCAUCCAUUGUUGCCAAAAGAUCUUCAGAAAAUGGCUCAAGUGAUAUGGAGAAUGGAUGUUGAGAAAAUGAUAGGAAUGGGUGUCGAACAGCACCCGAAUUUGCUCUCGCGAUACAGUCUCAAUUACAAGUGA